AUGCCAUUUCCUGGGCGCCGCCUCGGACAGCAGCGUGAGCCGCCGACAGAAGCUGAUGAACCGCCCGCGUGGGGCUACUUUCCAUCUGAGCAAUAUCUCAUCAGACAUUGGGACCACACGGCGGCGUCUGUCACCCCAGCCCAGCAGCGUCUGCGCCUUGUCCGUGCCUUUGUCCAGGAAGAUACCCCCAGCCGAGAGCUGUUUAGUGCCAUGGGCAGGAACGGGGUGAUCUCGCGCCAACCAAAUGGAGAAGAAGUCCGCAUGAUCCUCGAGCCGUGGAGGCCGAAUCGCCUUCGAAAAGUGGCUCGCAUGCUGCUGGAUCUCCAAAACAGAUACCAGUAUGAACCCAUGUUUGCACGCACAUGGUACGCCGUCGGCAGUGCCGACGAACAGAAGAUGAGGGGCUUUUUGGCUGAUUCCUCACUCACGAGUGAGCCUCCAGUGAACGAGGAGGACUAUUGGUGGAGAGUUUUGAACGAUGAGUCUCUCUUCGAUGUGGGUGAGGACUGGGCGCAGAUCUACGAUAUCCUGCCUGAAGUGAUCAAGGUUAAAACAGACAGGAGUCUGAAGCCUGACAUGGGUCACAUAAUUUCGGAAUUGGACAAAACUCGAAGUCACGGGCAGUCAAGGCUAGAGAGGGUCGCCGACGCCGUGCAAUACGAGGCCUUCUCAGGAACCUCGGUGGUGCUAUUCGACAAGACAUUCUUUGAGAGCGUCCAAGCCCAGCUCGUGUUGCUGGACAACAAGGGCCACCAAAUCAGGUGCUCGAGGAUCGUAGCGGACGACAUUGCACGUCUGAACAUGGCACACUUCCAAAUGAAUCUCGAGACUCAGCCCUGCUCGGACUCCAUUGCCGAGUUUUUACAGACGGUCACCGAUGAUUGCGGUCACACUCUCUACGCUUUCCAGGAGGGCAGUGAGCGGAAGAGCUCUGCCCAGGCUCUAGCGGAAGGAUUUAGCUGGGCGCAGAAUAUCAUGUGCAUUCAGGAAGGGGACGAGUAUUGUCUAGGAGAUCUUCACAAUGGUACCGUGGAAGUAUGCUCCGGCUUAAUCCUCCACUAUGGUGCCGUCUUGCGAGAGUCUCCCUAUGGCCGAUCCAGAUUCUCCGAAGCAAUUUUCAAGAAGAUGCUCCAGAACUGCGAUGCAGACCCGGAGGAUUAUCCUUAUACUUACACACCUGGACCUCCUGCGCCAACUACGACCACCGACCCGCCUGAGCCGUCGCCCGAGCCCUCAUGCCGAGGCGAGACCUAUACGGCCAAGGAAGAUGACGACUGCGAUUCAAUCGCUUUGGCAAAUUCAGUCAAAAAUGAGACAUGCGGCGAUUUUGUCCAGGACAAGGGCUUCAGCAUUGUCCCACUCAUGUCUUGGAAUCCAGAACUAAAGACCAAAUGCAACACGAACAUCACACCGAAUCUGGAUCAGCUCGAGGGGCGCCACAUUUGCAUCGAGCAAUGUCCCAUUCCCGACAACUUCAGAGUCCAUCUCCACGAGCCAUGCUCAGCUGUGAAUGUCUCCAUGCCCAAGCUCAAAUUCCACGAGACUAACGACAGUGAAGGUCGUCAUCCAUCUUCACCGGGUCCUGGGUCACCGGCUCCAUUGACCACAAGCCCGACUCGGGGGCCUAUCACCCUCACGUCCGAGUUCGAUCCCACCUUCACUCCCCCACCCGAAACCAUGACAAGGGUCCCUGAUCUCGGUGACAAGGAAAGAGAGUGGACACAGUGUUGUUGGAUUAUCGACGAAGACUGGCAAGAGGACUUCCACCCGGACGAUCUCCCCGGAGCGUGCCAGAGCUUCUUCAGUCGUUGGUGCGAGUACGACACGGGGCUGCCCUCACCUACCUCCAUAGACAGGUUCCCGGCAGUCUGCACACCUGAUCGCUCCAACUACGGUCCGCCGCCGUAG